UUCCGGCCUCGCUCGCUGCCUGGCUCGGCGCUCCUCGGGUCUGGCUGCCGCGUGAGGAGAAGCCGUCGCCAUCAUGCCGGUCUAUUUCCAGCGGCCCGAGAACGCUCUAAAGCGGGCGAACGAAUUUCUUGAGGUUGGGAAGAAGCAACCUGCCCUAGAUGUUCUCUAUGAUGUUAUGAAAAGUAAAAAACACCGAACAUGGCAAAAGAUCCACGAGCCAAUUAUGCUGAAGUACCUGGAGCUAUGUGUGGACCUCCGCAAAAGCCACCUGGCAAAAGAAGGGUUAUAUCAGUACAAGAAUAUCUGCCAGCAGGUGAACAUCAAGUCCUUGGAAGAUGUAGUCCGAGCCUAUUUAAAACUGGCAGAAGAAAAAACUGAAGCUGCCAAAGAAGAAUCUCAGCAGAUGGUGCUAGAUAUAGAAGAUUUGGAUAAUAUUCAGACUCCAGAGAGUGUUCUCCUAAGUGCUGUAAGUGGUGAAGACACUCAAGAUCGUACUGAUCGGCUACUUUUGACACCCUGGGUUAAAUUUCUAUGGGAGUCAUACAGGCAAUGUCUGGACCUUCUCAGAAACAAUUCUAGAGUGGAACGCCUCUACCAUGAUAUUGCACAACAAGCUUUCAAGUUCUGCUUGCAAUACACUCGUAAAGCUGAAUUUCGCAAACUCUGUGACAAUCUGAGAAUGCAUUUGGGUCAGAUUCAGCGACAUCACAAUCAAAGUACAGCCAUCAACCUCAAUAAUCCAGAGAGUCAGUCAAUGCACUUGGAAACCAGGCUUGUACAGCUGGACAGUGCUAUUAGCAUGGAACUGUGGCAGGAAGCCUUCAAAGCUGUGGAGGAUAUACACGGACUGUUCUCCUUGUCCAAAAAGCCUCCAAAGCCCCAGCUGAUGGCAAAUUAUUACCACAAAGUUUCUACUGUAUUCUGGAAAUCAGGAAAUGCUCUUUUUCAUGCUUCCACACUUCAUCGUCUUUAUCAUCUUUCAAGGGAAAUGCGAAAGAAUCUCACACAAGACGAGAUGCAGAGGAUGUCAACAAGAGUCCUUUUGGCUACUCUCUCAAUCCCAAUAACUCCUGAACGAACAGACAUUGCUCGGCUUUUAGACAUGGAUGGCAUAAUUGUUGAAAAGCAACGGCGAUUAGCAACACUUCUGGGACUCCAGGCUCCUCCUACACGAAUUUCUCUUAUUAAUGACAUGGUGAGAUUCAACGUAGUACAAUAUGUUGUCCCAGAAGUGAAGGAACUUUAUAACUGGCUUGAAGUAGAUUUUCACCCACUGAAGUUAUGUGGUCGUGUUUGUAAGGUUCUAAACUGGGUAAGAGACCAAUCUGAAAAAGAACCAGAACUGCAGUUGUAUAUCCCUCAUCUGCAAAACAAUACUAUCCUCAGACUGCUCCAGCAGGUAGCCCAGAUUUAUCAAAGCAUUAACUUCUCUCGUCUGACUACUCUGGUUCCUUUUGUUGAUGCUUUCCAACUGGAACGUGCAAUAGUAGAUGCAGCCAGGCAUUGUGACUUACAAGUUCGUAUUGAUCACACUACUCGAACGCUGAGUUUUGGAUCAGAUUUGAAUUACUGCACUCGGGAAGAUGCUCCACUUGGACCACAGCUGCAAAGCAUGCCUUCUGAGCAGAUCAGGAACCAGUUGACUGCUAUGUCUUCUGCCCUUGCAAAGGCUCUUGAAGUGAUUAAGCCACCUCACCUACUGCUAGAGAAGGAAGAGCAGCAUCAACAGGCUGUUACAGCUUACUUAAAAAAUUCAAGGAAAGAACAUCAGCGUAUCCUUGCCCGACGUCAGACUAUUGAGGAAAGAAAGGAACGUCUUGAGAGUUUGAAUAUUCAGCGUGAAAAAGAGGAGUUGGAACAACGUGAAGCUGAACUCCAAAAAGUUCGCAAAGCUGAAGAGGAGAGACUACGGCAGGAGGCAAAAGAGAGAGAAAAGGAGCGUAUUCUGCAGGAACAUGAACAAAUUAAAAAGAAAACUGUUCGUGAACGAUUGGAGCAGAUUAAGAAGACUGAACUGGGAGCCAAGGCCUUCAAAGAUAUUGAUAUUGAAGAUCUUGAAGAAUUGGAUCCAGAUUUCAUUAUGGCAAAACAGGUUGAACAGUUGGAGAAAGAAAAAAAGGAACUUCAGGAGCGUCUGAAGAAUCAGGAGAAAAAGAUUGACUAUUUUGAAAGAGCAAAGCGUUUAGAAGAAAUUCCUUUAAUUAAAUCUGCCUAUGAAGAGCAAAGAAUAAGAGAUAUGGAGCUUUGGGAGCAGCAAGAGGAAGAGAGGAUUACAACCAUGCAACUGGAGCGUGAAAAGGCCCUUGAGCAUAAGAGCAGAUUGUCAAGGAUGAUAGAGGACAGAGAUUUAUUUGUAGCUAGGCUCAAGUCAGCAAGAAAAUCUGUCUACGAGGAAAAACUUAAACAGUUCCAAGAAAGACUAGAAGAGGAGAGGCAUAACCGUUUGGAGGAACGGAAGAGACAGCGCAAAGAGGAAAGGCGUAUUACUUAUUAUCAACAAAAGGAGGAAGAAGAACAAAGACUGCUAGAGGAGAAGAUGCUUAAAGAACAAGAAGAAAAAGAACGUGCUGAACGUGAAAAACGUGAGCAAGAAAUGCUUGAAUAUCAGGAACGGGUCAGAAAACUAGAAGAAGUCGAGAGGAAGAAACGCCAGAGAGAACUGGAGAUUGAAGAGAGGGAACGUCGCCGAGAGGAAGAGAGGAGAAAUCUUGAAGAUCCACUUUCAAGGAAGGAAUCUCGUUGGGGUGAUAGAGACUCUGACAGCACCUGGAGAAGAAGCAGUGAACCCGAAUCAGAGUGGAGACGUCCACCACUAGAAAGAGAUUGGCGUCGUGGGGAAGUGCGUGAUGAAGAAAAGCCUUUCAAAAGAGAUGAUGCAACUCGACAAACCACCCCAGAAGACAUAACAUCAUCCCCCCAUGAAGUACCGGAAGAAAAAGCCGUGAAGCAUGAUCUAGAUGAAGAGAGAGGUCAGAGGAGAGCUCUGGAUGAUGACAGAACUAGUUGGCGCUCCAUGGGUGAUGACAGGGGCCCAAGGCGGGGCCUGGAUGACGACAGGGGCCCGAGGCGGGGCCUGGAUGACGACAGGGGCCCGAGGCGGGGCCUGGAUGACGACAGGGGCCCGAGGCGGGGCCUGGAUGACGACAGGGGCCCGAGGCGGGGUCUGGAUGAUGACAGGGGCCCAAGGCGGGGUCUGGAUGAUGACAGGGGAAGUUGGCGCAACACAGAUGAUGAUAGGGGCCCGAGGCGAGGUCUGGAUGAUGAUAGGGGCCCAAGACGGGGUCUGGAUGAUGAUAGGGGCCCGAGGUGGGGUCUGGAUGAUGAUAAGGGCCCAAGACGAGGUCUGGAUGACGAUAGGGGCCCGAGGCGGGGUCUGGAUGACGAUAAGGGCCCAAGGCGAGGUCUGGAUGACGAUAGGGGCCCGAGGCGGGGUCUGGAUGAUGAUAGGGGCCCAAGGCGGGGUCUGGAUGAUGAUAGGGGCCCAAGGCGGGGUUUGGAUGAUGACAGGGCUAGUUGGCGCAAUAUGGAUGAUGACCGGGGCCCAAGGCGGGGGCUGGAUGAUGACAGAAUUUCACGACGUGAUGAAGAUAGAGGACCAUGGCGUAAUACAGAAGAGGAUAGAAUCUCAAGACGUGAUGAUGAUCGUGGACUCAGACGUGCUGGUGAUGAUGACAGAAGUCUUAGACGUGGAGAUGAUUCUAGACGUGGGGAUGAUUCCAGACCUGGACCUUGGAGACCAUUUGGUAAACCAGGUGGAUGGAGAGAACGAGAAAAAGCUCGUGAAGACAGCUGGGGCCCUCCACGAGAUUCCAGACCUUCAGAAGAUCGGGAAUGGGAUAGAGAUAAAGAUCGAGAUGAGAAUGAAAAGGACCGAGAGUUUGACAAAGAUCGGGACUUUGAUCGGGAAGAUCGCUUCAGGCGUCCUAGGGAUGAUGCUGGGUGGAGAAGAGGCCCAGCCGAAGAAGCCUCUAGCUGGAGAGAUUCAGUUCGUCGUGAUGAAUGGGAUCGAGCUGGCCGUGACUCUAGAGAUGACCGGAGUGGCCGCGACCUUCGAGAUCGACGUGGUGAAGAGAGAGAAAGGAGAGGGCCACCACCUCCCAGAACAGAUCGGGAUGAAAUGAGCUCCUGGAGACGGGGUGAUGACAGAAGGGAAGAACGUGAAGAACGUGAAACAGUUCGACGACCGCCUGCUCCUGCUCCUGUUGCUCCUGCUGCUCCCGCUGCUCCUGCUCCUGUUUCAAAAGAGCGAGAAAAGGAUGGUGAGAAGGAGAAGGGAGCCUGGAGAACCGAAAAAGAGAGAGAAUCCCUUCGUCGCACUAAAAAUGAAACUGAUGAAGAUGGUUGGACCACCGUGCGACGUUAAGUUUAAAUUCUAAACAUGGUUUUGAUAUGGUGUUUAGCAUUGAUUUAAUAACAGAAUAUAACAUUGGUGCUUUAACACUCUUAAUUGGUAUUCUUUAACAAAAUUUUCUAGGUAAUGUGGAAGCAUGAAAUUCUAUUAAUUGUAUGUAGACUGAUCAUGCACAGAACUUGCAAUUAAAAGUUGGAAAUUAAAUAUGGUUACCCAAAACUUCAAAUGUUGUAUAUGUCACAGAUCACUUGGUGGUAAGAAAUAAUUAAAAACCUCUGUAGGUAUCUUUGAGUGGCACGUAUAACUCAGUCAAAAGCAAAGCAAAUUGGUUUUUAUUUUGAGGAGCUCUGAACUUGGGUAUAGUUUGCAAAGCAUACAUUUAUUAUUAUAUAAAGAUGCUUUGAAAAGACCAUAUAGUCUAAAAUGGACAUGAGAAGAACACCUUCCUACUUGGAUAUUUCAAUGGCAAGAGUUUUUGCUGGUGGUAAUAUAUACAUUCACUAUGUUUUUAUUUGAAUUGCAUUCAGUAAUUGUUAUGGACCUUUAGGUACACUGGGAUUUCCCCCCCUAGAUUUCACUUCCAUGCAUAUACUUAUCAAACCCUUUUGCAGUCUUUGUUCUGACAAUGAAUGUCACAGUAGUGUCAAAAUAACAAAAUAUAAGGCUUUUAAAAUGCAUUUGAGUAUGCCAUUCUGAUGAGGGUUUUUUCUGGUUGCCAAUAGACUGUCUGCUUUUUCUUUUAAAGAUAAUUCUUGCCUUUUGAAGCAUUUAUAUAUAGUGUCAUAUUUCAGAUAUGUGGUCUGAAGGAACUGCUCACUCUUUCCUCCUUUCCAAUUUCUUGUCUUCGGGGGUAAGUGCUUUACCUUUAAAAAAGUGCUUUGUAGUAAGGACUGGGUUGACUUCAAUUGGAGGGGGGAGGGUGAAGUAGCACAUGAAUGAUUGUUUUUAAUUGAAGCCAACACAGAACUUGUUGCUGUGUGUUAACUUCAAUGAUAAAUAAACUUAACAAAAUAA